CAAGUCUGGCGGUUACACUCCGGUGCCGCAGCGCCCAAGGGCCGAGGCGGAAGUAGGACGGGCACCCCGGGAGACGAGGGCACAGGGUCAGCGGUCGCAGGGCGCCAACGAGGAGCGCGGUGCUCAGCAAGGGCGCGUGCGCGGCAGUAGGCCCCGGGGGAGGAGGCAGGGCAAGGCCAGGAGAGGUGGCUGGUGGUCCCGACAUCCAGCCUGGAAGAUGCACAAGAGGAAGGGACCCGCGGGACCCCCGGGUCGAGGCGCCGCCGCCGCCCGCCAGCUGGGCCUGCUGGUCGACCUCUCCCCAGACGACCUGAUGAUCCCUGAGGAUGGAGUGAAUGAUGCGGAACUGGAGGCUGAGUUCUUGGCCUUAGUGGGGGGCCAGCCCCAAGACCUGGAGAAGCCCAGAGGGAAAGGUCCCCUGCCCAUGGAGGCCAUUGAGAAGAUGGCCAGCCUGUGCAUGAGAGACCUGGAUGAGGAUGAAGAGGAGGGCUCAGACGAGGAGGCUGUGGAGGCUGACGAUGACCUGCUGGCAGAACUCAACAGGGUCCUUGGGGAGGAGCAGAAGUCUUCGGAGUCCCACCCUCCUGCAACUCAGCCCAAGGCCACAGCCCCCAGCCCAGGGGUAGAGGCCACCUUGCAGGAGAGGCUGACUCUCUACCAGACAGCGAUCGAAAGUGCUAGGCAAGCUGGAAAUGGUGCCAAGAUGCGGCGCUACGACAGGGGGCUUAAGACACUGGAAAACCUGCUGGCCUCUGUCCGGGAGGGCAAUGCCAUCGAUGAAGAGGACAUCCCACCACCUGUGGCCGUGGGGAAGGGCCUGGUGUCCAUGCCCAGCCACACCCCCACACUCACCCAGCCAGCCCCCAUGAACCCACCAGCCCCGGAGCCCAGGGUCCCUGUGGAGGGGCCUUGUCCUACUGCCCCGGUCUCAUCCCUAGGCUUGGCUAAGCCUCAGCUUCCUCCAGGUCCCUGCAGCCCUGGCCCGCUGGCCCAGUUGCAGAGCCGCCAGCGUGAGUACAAGUUGGCCGCCCUCCACGCCAAGCAGCGGGGAGACACUGCCACUGCCGCCAGACACUUCCGUGUGGCCAAGAGCUUUGACGCCAUCCUGGAGGCCCUGAGCCGGGGGGAGCCUGUGGACCUGUCUCGCCUGCCCCCACCACCUGACCAGCUGCCCCCAGACCCACCAUCAUCACCACCGCAGCCUCCAGCUCCUGGCACUCUGCCCUCCACAUCAGAGGCUCCCCCCCCACCACGGACUCUCCUGGAGGCACUGGAGCAGCGCAUGGAGCGAUACCACGUGGCUGCAGCCCAGGCCAAGACCAAAGGGGACCAGCGGAAGGCCCGUAUGCACGAGCGCAUUGUCAAGCAAUACCAAGACACCAUCCGAGCCCACAAGGCUGGCCGAGCCGUGGAUGUGACCGAGCUGCCGGUGCCCCCGGGCUUUCCCCCCAUCCAGGGCUUGGAGGCCACUGAGCCCACUCAGCAGAGCCUGGCAGGGGUCCUGGAGACUGCCAUGAAGCUGGCCAACAAGGACGAAGGUGCAGAGGAUGAAGAGGAUGAGGAACCUAAGGAGCAGCCCAACAGCCCUCCGGCUCCCACAGCCCAGCCCAAGGCUCCCCCCUCAAGAGCACCCCAGUCAGGCUCCACCACAGCAGCCAAAGCUGCCUCCAAAGGCACAUCCACCAGAGCCCAGCAACAGCUGGCCUUCCUGGAGGGCCGUAAGAAGCAGCUCCUGCAGGCUGCACUGCGAGCCAAGCAGAAGAACGACGUGGAAGGUGCCAAGAUGCACCUGCGCCAGGCCAAGGGGCUGGAGCCCAUGCUGGAGGCCUCACGCAAUGGGCUGCCUGUGGACAUCACCAAGGUUCCGCCUGCCCCCGUCAACAAGGAUGACUUCGUCUUGGUCCAGCGGCCUGGCCCUGGUCUGUCUCAGGAGUCUACCCGGCGCUACAGUGAACUCACCAAGCUCAUAAGGCAGCAGCACGAGAUGUGCCUGAACCACUCUAACCAGUUCACCCACCUGGGCAACAUCGCCGAAACCAGCAAAUUUGAGAAACUUGCAGAGGACUGUAAGCGGAGCAUGGAGACUCUGAAGCAGGCCUUUGCCCGGGGUCUCCCCACACCCACUGCCCGCUUUGAGCAGAGAACCUUCAGUGUCAUCAAGAUCUUCCCUGACCUCAGCAGCAAUGACCUGCUCCUGUUCAUCAUGAAGGGCAUCAGUUUGCCCACACCCCCAGGUCUGUCCCCCAAUGACCUGGAUGUCUUUGUUCGUUUCGACUUCCCCUACCCCAAUGUGGAAGAAGCUCAGAAAGACAAGACCAGCGUGAUCAAGAACACAGACUCCCCCGAGUUCAAGGAGCAGUUCAAACUCAGCAUCAACCGCAGCCACCGUGGCUUGCGAAGGGCCAUCCAGACCAAAGGCAUCAAGUUUGAAGUGGUCCACAAGGGGGGUCUGUUCAAGACUGACCGGGUCCUGGGCACAGCCCAGCUGAAGCUGGACACCCUGGAGACGGCAUGUGAAGUCCGGGAGGUCCUUGAGGUCCUGGAUGGUCGCAGGCCCACAGGGGGGCGGCUGGAGGUGAUGGUCCGGAUUCGGGAGCCACUGACAUCCCAGCAGUUGGAGACCACAACUGAGAGGUGGCUGGUCAUUGACCCUGUGCCAGCAGCCAUGCCCACACAGGUUGCUGGGCCCAAAGGGAAGACCCCUCAUGUGCCUGCCCCUGUGAGGGAGCCAAGGAACAGAUCAGCCCGGCCCCUUCUUAGCCUCAGUGUGCUAGCCUUUGAUCAAGAGCGUCUGGAGCGGAAGAUCCUCACCCUCAGGCAGGCACGGCGGUCGGUGCCCCCGGAAGUGGCCCAGCAGUACCAGGACAUCAUGCAACGUAGCCAGUGGCAGAGGGCACAGCUGGAGCAGGGGGCCCCGGGCAUCCUGCGUGAGUACAUGGCCCAGCUGGAGCGUCAGCUGCAGUUCUACACGGAGGCCGCCCGACGCCUGGGCAAUGACGGCAGUAGGGAGGCUGCAAAGGAGGCCCUGUACAGGCGGAACCUGGUAGAGAAUGAGCUGCAGCGGCUCCGCAGGUGAGGGACUGAUAGGCCGGGCAGCUCCUGGAGAGUGGGGAGCAGGCCCAGGACCCCGGCGCUGGGAGGAGCUGACACGCUACAGCCGAAGACCAGACAGACAGACAAUCAGCAGACAAUUGGCUUUGAAUGGACGUAACCCCCACUGGGCCCACCCAGCCUGGCCACAGCCUCCCUGGCAGGGGGCAUUAGGAAUGUUGCCCCCCCGGCCAGCAUUGCCCCUCACCCAGGCCUGGCUGGGCUGGCCGGGAGAGUCCUGUUUGCACAGCCCAAGGUGGGAGGGCAGCUAGGACCAAGCCCCGAGGGCGCCUGCAAGCACUUUACUUCCUGUCCCUCCCCAGCCUUAACCCUGAAGCCCACUCACACCCCAAAGAAGCUGCUGAGGCCAGCCAGAGCCCCACUGGCUCCCCAGAGGGUGGUCCUGGCCCAGCUGAGCUCCCGGGCUAACGCAAGGAAUAAACAGCCAGGGCCACGCCUGGCCCACUCUG